AUGCCAUCUCCACUCAUCUUCCAGUCGAUUUCGUCCACGCACCAUGCCGCUUGCGGCCUGCUCCGACGUUGCGCCGCACACUCCACCGCUCUCCUGCUGCCCAGGAUGCCGCCGCCAGGCUGCCUGCACAGGCCCCGACGACCCAGCGUGUCUGCCCGAAACAACGUGCUCGUGCCGGAUACGAGGCCAGGGGCGCAGUGGCGGCAGUUCGCGGCUGACAGCGGGCGCAGGAAGAGGGGGGCCCGGCAGUUCAUUGAUGCGACGAGUCUCACGGUGCGCGGGGGCAAGGGCGGGCCGGGCAGCAUGAGCUUCGUGAUGGCGUCGGGGCGCGGCCGCAACCUGCGACCAGACGGCGGGGACGGGGGCCGCGGGGGGGAUGUAUUGCUCCGCGUCAGCAGGAACUUGUGGGACCUCUCGCACCUGCAGCGCUCCGUCAAGGCCGAGAACGGCGCGGCGGGGAGCAGCAACCGCCUGCGGGGGGCCGACGGGCGCGACCAGGUCGUCUUGGUGCCACCUGGGACGGUCGUCAGGCGCGUGCGCGCGCCGGGGGGUGUCGGGGGGGAUGUCGCUGCCGAUGUCGACAUGGCUGGUCUCCGCGGGGACCUCGACAUCGCGCAGAUGAUCGAGGACCUCGACGCGCAGGAGGCGGCCACUGUACAGGCGAUACACGACGUGGACCAGCAGGACCUCGUGGCGGAGCUGCUCGACGACGGCGCGGAGAUCACCGUCGCGCGGGGCGGGGCGCGGGGCCACGGCAGCGCCUUCCUGAAGCAGCCGAACGUGCCGUUGGACCGGGCCACUGACCACCACGGGCACGCCGGCGAGCACCACCGCCUGGCGCUCGAGCUGCGGCUCGUCGCGGACGUCGCGCUCGUCGGGCUCCCGAACGCCGGCAAGAGCAGCCUCCUCGGGGCGCUCACGCGUGCGUCGCCGCGGGUCGGGCAUUACGCGUUCACAACAGUGCGACCGAACCUCGGCGUGAUCCGCGCGCAGGGCCUCGCGGGCGACGAUCUGCGCGUGGUCGACGUGCCCGGGCUCGUCGCGGGCGCCAGCCGCGACAGGGGCCUCGGUCUGACGUUCCUGCGCCACGUCAAGCGGUGUCGGGCGCUGGCCUUCGUGCUGGACAUGUCGCCGGGGCUCGCGGGGGGCGCGGGGGCGGGGCCGCGGCCGUGGGAGCAGUGGCGGCAGCUGCACGCGGAGCUGCGGGAGUUCGACCCGGAGCUGCUGGAGCUGCCCCGGGUGGCGGUGGGCACCAAGAUGGACCUGCUGGCGCGGCCGGGCGCGACGGUGGCGGCGCUGAAGCGGCACGUGGACGCGCACGUGUGCGCGGUGAGCGUGCGGGCGGGGGCGGGGAUCGACCGGCUGCGGCAGGCGCUGGUGCUGCUGGCGGAGCAGUCGGCUGUGCGGGACCUGCGACGGACCGCGUGA